AUGGCCCAAUAUGCUUCCGACCCGUACGAGCUGCGCCGCCGCGCCGUCCCUUGGCACGAUCAAGUCCGAGAUGAUCUCCCUACAUGGAUAGUUGAAGAGCUUCGCGCCGGUGCCUCGCUUAAAGAGGUUUUUCCUGAGAUGGACCCCAACCGCAACCACUUCAAUGCCAUGAGAAGUGUUACCCGAGACGAAGACCUCUAUGACUCUCUCACCCCAGAGCAGGUGGCGAGAAAGCAAGAGUUCCUUAGAAUCAUCCGCAAAUGCCUGGACUUCUCGCCCAACUACAACGGCGACACACGCAACGAGCGGAACAAGAGCGCAGACGUUCCCGACAGCCAGAACACUUCGGUGUGGCUGACGGGCCUGCCUGCUGGUUGUGACACUAGCAUGCUCAUGGAAGCCAUCGUUAAGACCGGCAAGACUGGCAAGAUCUGGGCAUCUCACAUCAAUAACGCCGACCCACGCGACCACAAGCCUUUUGCUGCGGCAAAGAUUGUCUUCUUCACCAGGGAUGGUGCUGACAGAUUGAUGGCAGCAGUUCAACAGGGACGGUUCCGUGUUGGAGGCCGCGUCCCGCGGGCGGCAUGGAACCGCAUCAAGUCAGCCACCCGCCCGGCCAAAGACAAGAUCCACUCCCGAGUUCUGAUCAUUGAGGGUCAUAUCUCCAUUGUGAACAAGGAGUCCCUGGAGGAGUGGUUUAAGUCCAAGUUCGAGUUCCAGACCGAUCAGGUCGUCCAGAGAAAGUACAACGCCCGUCUUGGCAUCAAUGUGCUUGAAUGGCGCUUUGGUAGCUACCGCGCCCAAGCCGAGGCUGCUGCCAUUGCCAUAACCAAGGAGCUCGGUGGUAAGGUGAAGUGGACGCAUGGGGAUGACCCUUGCGCCUAG